GUUUGCAUCUGUUUACACAGCCCGACCAAACACACUCUUAAUCUCGAACGCCUCCGCACCGCCAAGAAGCGCGUUAGGAAGUGAGGAUCCGCUAUUGUUCUCUCCGGCCACGCUCGCAGCAGCCAAGACGCCCACAGCACCACCGGCAGCCAUGAGUAUCUCAGGCGAGGUCCCCGACGAAGGCUCUGACGGCGAGGAGGUCUUCAUCGACGAGCAGGACAUCAUCCAGGAGAUACACCUUGACGAGGAAGAUCUCCCCGACCAUGACGAUGAUGACGAGGACGAUGAGGAAGACCAAGAGAUGGAUGAGGUUGAGGAUCAUUCAGCUUAUGCAUUUCAUGGGCAUACAGAUGAGGUCUUUGCUGCUGCGUGCAGUCCUGUAGAUGCAUCACUUGUUGUCUCUGGUGGUAAAGAUGACAGAGGGUUUCUUUGGAGGAUUGGAUCUGAACAGGAUUUUCAGGAGCUGACUGGACAUGGAGACACGGUGUGCACUGUCGCUUUCAGUUCAGAUGGGAAAUUGGUGGCUUGUGGAAGUAUGGAUGGACAGAUAAAUGUAUGGGAUACAGCUACACGGACACUUCAGGGAACGCUUGAGGGUUCCUCAGGAUCAGGCUUUGAGUGGCUCAGAUGGCAUCCACGCGGUCACUUGAUAAUUGCAGGAUCAGAAGACUGUAACGUAUGGAUGUGGAAUGCUGACCACAAUGCAUUUCUGAAUACAUUUGCUGGUCACAGUAGCACAGUGACAUGUGGUGAUUUUACCCCUGAUGGUAAGCUUAUAUGUAGUGGAUCUGAUGAUGCAACAUUGAGGAUAUGGGAUCCCAAAAGCGCACAAUGUAGACAUGUUGUUCGGGGUCAUGGCUAUCAUACUCAAGGAUUGACAUGCUUAGCCAUUACUCCGGACUCCCAGUCAAUUGUUAGUGGCUCAGAGGAUAAUUCUGUGCACAUUGUGAGCAUAAACUCAGGCCAGGUUGUUGGUUCAUUAGUUGGCCACACCAAUUCCAUCGAGUGCAUUGGCAUCUCGUCGAGGUACAACUGGGUGGCUACAGGGAGCAUUGAUAGAACUCUCAUUAUCUGGGACCUUGCUCGUCAAGCAAUUCGAUCUACUUGCGAGCAUGAUGAAGGUGUGACAUGCCUGGCGUGGCUGGGUUCGUCGAGGUAUGUAGCGUCGGGGUGCAUCGACGGCAUGGUGCGCAUCUGGGACAGCCUCUCCGGGGACUUGGCUCGCAUGUUCAGUGGGCACAGGGACGUCGUGCAGUCGCUGGCUGUUUCUGCCGACGGCAACUCCAUAGUCUCGGUCUCCACGGAUAAAUCUGCCCGCGUCUUUGACAUCUCUAUGUUCAAGUGAGAAAAAAAUCAUAGGAGCAACAGCUUGGUUGAUUUGGUUGGUCAGUCAAGAUUGGGGUUUAUUCAGCUUGUAUGGCAGGAAUUAUACUUACAGGCUUGCAGCCAUCAUGGGGUACUCAAACUUGGUACUUGUUCUUGACAUGUUGUCAGUGGCGCAAGUGGUACAAGAGUCACAAGACCCUCCUAAGUUGAGGGUAGUCGGUCGUGUGUACAAGCACUUUAUUGACCUAACGUUGGGGUUUUGCUUGACAUUCUGCUGCAUUUCCUCCUUGCUGCUGCUACCGAUGGAAGGAAGCAACUUGUGCUUGUUGGUACUGCUGAACUGGCAAUGGGCUUGCUGCUAGUUAUAUGUUGCGCCCAUA